CUAUGCUCUAUGGCCCUAGAUGAAUGAAUCGAAAAAGUGUUUGUGUAAAUGAUUGUGGAACAAAGAAUUUUACAACGUGAAAUAGAUGAGGCUCGGUGGAGGACCACUGUUUAACAUUACUCAUGAGUACGGAAGAGACUCUGUUGAAUCUCGAUUUCGACAAACCAAAUUCAACAAUUACGCCUCCUGAUGACGGCGUGGUAUCAUUGUCCAGCAGUGCCGAGGACAUUUGUUUAGUGCCAGAGGUCGGCUUCGAGGGCAACGUGGAUUCCCCAGGCUUGAACCGGGAGUCGCAGCCGCUCUUGAGCGGCCGUGGCGACUUCGAAGUAUCAUUUAACCAUUUUCCAGAUGACCCACAGUUCAGUGAGCUGGUGUGGCAGGCGGAGGUGGCCAUCGACAAUGGCAUUUACCCUGAGAGGAUAUACCAGGGCUCCAGUGGCUCUUACUUUGUUAAGAAUCCUGGUGGUAAAAUAAUAGGCGUAUUCAAGCCAAAAGACGAAGAGCCGUACGGCAGACUGAACCCUAAAUGGACGAAAUGGAUGCACAAGUUGUGCUGUCCUUGCUGCUUCGGCCGCUCCUGUCUCAUCCCCAACCAGGGAUAUCUAUCUGAAGCGGGCGCCAGUCUGGUCGACUCCAAGAUUGGACUCAAAGUCGUGCCUAAGACUAGGGUAGUUAAACUUGUAUCGGAAACAUUCAACUACUUGCGAAUAGACCGCGAGAGGUCGCGACUGAAGCGCGCCAUCACAGAGCAGUUCCCCAAUCUGCGCUUCAACAGGAUGGGACUGCCGCCUAAGGUUGGUUCAUUCCAGUUGUUUGUGGAGGGCUACAAGGAUGCUGACUACUGGCUGCGUCGCUUCGAGCAGGAGCCGCCGCCGCCGCAUCUCAUGAGGAAAUUCCAGCUACAGUUCGAGCGUCUGGUUGUGCUGGAUUAUAUAAUACGGAAUACGGACCGCGGCAACGACAACUGGCUCAUCAAAUACGACGCACCCAGCGCCAACACCAACUCAGACCCUAUCAACAUGACGGACCCUACGGAAUGGUCAGGUGGUAAUGUGGAGGUGCGUAUCGCGGCCAUUGACAACGGUCUGGCUUUUCCCUUCAAGCAUCCAGACUCAUGGCGUGCCUAUCCUUACCAUUGGGCCUGGCUACCACAGGCCAAAAGACCCUUCAGCCAGGAGACCAAAGAACUGGUGCUGCCGCUGCUCUCCGAUAUGAAUUUCGUACAAGAAUUAUGCGAUGAACUGCAUUUGUUAUUCAAACAAGACAAAGGUUUCGACAAGGGGCUGUUCGAGCGACAGAUGUCGGUGAUGCGCGGACAAGUUCUCAAUCUGACGCAGGCUCUCAAAGACAACAAGAGCCCAGUCCAGCUCGUGCAGAUGCCAGCCGUCAUCGUUGAGAGGUCCAAAAGCGGCACGACGUCGUCUCGUUUCUUCGAUUCUUUCCAGCAGCGCUUCCAACACAAGUCGCCGUUCUUCUCCUGGUGGUGAACACGACACAAACUGACAAAAUGUACGGCGAUGUGUUCGUGGUGACGCUGCUAUAAAUAGUAAAAUAAUUGUAUGUAUGUAUGUAUGUAAUUGUAGAUUAGUACAUUUUCAAAUUAUUAUUUAUCAUGCGGAAGCACAGUGUAGUGUGCCGGCAGACAUGUCAGAAUUACAAUGUUUUAUUACAUCUGAAUAUUUAAUGACGACUUAUAUUAAUAAUAUAAA